CAUUACAUCCGGGUUCUUCAUCAAUGUGAAACGUGUUCAGCUCAGAAAACGACGACUGCAGAUUAACAACGUCUAACACAUAAAGCAUGGAGGAAGAAAUUGGUUGAUCUUGGUAUAUGUAUGAUAAUGGAGUCAUAUGGGGGCAUAAAAGGCGUGUAACUGUCAACAAGAACUGUGAAAUUGCCUACCCUUGCCAAUUGGGCCAAGCUAGGGAUGUGAGGCUUUAGGAUGGGACCUAAACGGUAAUCUGAUUACAUUGGUGCCUCAUCAGCCAUGGUUACCUGCUCAGCCUCUCUAUGGCUGUCUCUGUAACAAACCUUAAAAAUGGUGUAAAACGGUCCAUGUGGGAUGUAUACCAGGAAAAGAAAGAGAGAGAGAGAGAGAAAAAAAAAAGAGUUAUGAUUAUAUUAUAGUGCGGUUGUAUGGUUGUAUUCCAUUAUAACAACACGUGAAACUGAGAGUGAUGCACUAACUCAUGGUAAAAAGCAUGAAAGGCCUUUUGGAUUCCAGCGUCCUAGACCUGAAUCAUCAGAUGAGGAGGAGCAAGGAUCAAACCCCAAGUUCCAACUUAAAUGCAUGGGAUAUAGGCGAGAUUGGAUUUGUCAUUCUGAGAGGCAGAAAGCAGGAACGGGGAAAAAACAUGCAAGGCUUCAGUACAAGCGGAUAGGAAAUGAUGUGAACUCAUUAAUGGCAAGUCAAUUACAGUCAUUGAGAGAUAGCAAGACCAGUCACGUGUGACAGUGUAUUAUAGGUUAGGAAAUGGUAAAAAGUGGCUGCAAUGAAAUUCAGGGUGUUAAUUGCACUGGAUUGGUAGAUCAUCCAAGUCAUGCCUUUUGAAAAUUUACAGCUUCAGUGUGUUGAUGUGUCAUUGUUUUUCCAGUUACCUUGGACUGCCAAUGGAUUAAUUAUUGGUUGAAUAGUCGUUAGUAUCAGCACCAUCUUCACACUUAAAUAAAGUAUUGGAAAAAUAUCUAGUGCUAAUGUUCUGGUGCUGAAAACUGGCACAAAUAGAAUUCAGCAACUGAAAUGAGAAGUGGUUUUUCUGUAAAAUGUUACAAUCAAUAAUGUUUUGGUGAUUAUUGGAUGAUUAUCAUGAUUAUUGGAAAUAUUAUGCAUCUUGUGUUAGGAUCAAAUGUUUAUCAUACCAUCUUAAAAACAAAUAUUGGUAUUGGGAAUAACCAACUCCUGUGUGGUUUUCUUUGACUUCUAACAUUGGCAUAUAUUGAUAUUAUUGCUCAUUCGUACCACACAAUCUGGUCCUAUUGUUCUCCUACCUACAGGGCAUUUUUGUGUGGAAUUUUGGCUUUUCGUUAUGCAGCUUAGAACAUUGAUAAAAAUCCAAUAUUGACAGCUGAACUCGUGGACAAUUUGAUAAUAAUUCAAGUUACGACAGUCUUCAGAACUGCAGUGACACGUGGCUUAAUUAGGAACUGAUGUGUUUUGAGCUGACACUUUCAGAGUUCUGAUCACACAGAGUUGGUCAUCUGGAUCAUCCUUCCAAUCUGAUUGAUCAAAAGUAGAACUAUUCGUGCGAUUACCGUAAUAGCAGAGGAGUUGUCCGGUAUAAAUUUUUUAUGAGGAUCACCAUUUGAGAUUUUGGUUUUAAGCAAUUGGUUAUAAUAACGAGUUUGGCAAAAAUCAACUGUAUUGUUUGAUGGUGUUUUGCUUAGAGGAAUAAUUAAGUUUUAUGUUGGAAUGGGACAGUUAAUUACCAGACAAAUAUGCUGAUAGAAUAACACGCUGCUGUCUGGUGAAUGGUGUUUAUGAAAUAUUAAUUUGAAACUUCAGACACCACUUGCACAGAUGCUUUUGAAUAUUAGUAUAACAUUUCAUUGAAAGUGAUUGUCUUAGCUAUGAUUGGAUGAUUUGGAAUGGGAUGAAAUUUCUUCAUUACAGUGACAGCCAGCAAUCUAUAAUUUCUUCCGUUGGAGUGUUUCUUUUAAAUGUCUGACAGUGACAGACAGUGUGUGAGAAGAUGACAACAAUGAUGAGAGGAAUGAAACCUCAUUUUUUAUUUCUGGGAUUUAUCAUGCUUUUGUGCUGCAAUGUUGUAUCAACCCAGCAUAUAAAAAUUCCUUUAGAAAGCAUGAGAGACUUGACCAAUGCAUUUGGGAAGGAAAUCAAAGACCUGACCCGUAACCUGACGGAUUAUGAUGGUUAUAAUAUCGUGGCACGUGAGCAUCUGACAGUGACCAAAAUCUUCAACCCCCAGGAUCUAGUGGACAAAUUUGCUACGGAGAUAGAGGCACUUCUGGAGACAAAGGUCAAGGCCAUAGAGGAACUAGUGAAAGCAGCAGAAGAUGCAAAGAAGGGCCAUGAAUAUAAGAAGAAUUUGCAGUUAGAUUAUGUCAACAAUAAAAAGGUUUUAAGUCAGGAGGAUUUAACUAUGAUGGGAGUUAAGUCUGCAAUGAAUUCAGAUAUAUAUGCCAUGAUCAACUUAACAACAGACAACUUGUUCAAUGAUGUGGAGGUUAACCCCAAUUACAGCACCAUACAUGUACCAACUAAUGUCUAUGAUCAAGCUCCAGUGGUCCUGAACGGAAUUCAGUGGUCGGGGAAGCUGGACUCAUUGUUUAAACGAAACAGGAAGCAGUUUUCGGACCUACGAUGGCAGUACUUCUGUAGUGCGGAUGGGUUUCUCCGAGUUUACCCAGGUAUUAAGUGGCCUGUCAACAAUGGGGAGGACAGUGUGGAUAUGUACGACUGUAGAGUCAGGAGCUGGUAUAUUAAGGCAGCCAGCUCUCCCAAGAAUAUAGUAAUACUGGUAGACACCAGUGGCAGCAUGAAAGGCCGGCGAAGAAUUAUCACUGGCAAAACCAUUCAGAAAUUACUGGAGACACUCAGUGAUGAAGACAACUUCAAUAUCAUUACUUAUUCAGACAAGCCAGAGUACCUAGAUAGUUGUUUUAAUGGUACAUUAAUGCAGGCCAACAUACAGAACAAACAGAGGGCCGUCAAACUGUUUAAGGAACUGCAAAUGAAGGAAAAAGGGGAGUUAAAUCUUGCACUUAAGGAAGCUUUCAAACUCUUUAAAAAUAACAAUGGAGCAGAGCGAUGCAACAAGGCCAUAAUGCUGAUCUCAGAUGGACCGACAGAAACAUUCAAAGAAAUCUUCGAGGAGUAUAAUUGGCCAAAUAAAACUGUGAGGUUGUUCUCUUUCUUAAUUGGACGUGAAGUCAAGGAGAACAGAUACGCUAAGUGGAUGGCCUGUGCAAAUAAGGGAUACUACACCCAUAUUUCAACAUUGGCUGAUGUGCAAGAAAGUGUUCAGUAUUAUCUUCGUGUGUUGAGCCGCCCUAUGGGAAUAGCAAGACAGGAGGGUGGCCUACCUAGAACACCAAACUGGACUCCAGUGUAUGCAGAUUACACUACAGAAGUGUCGCAGAGCCUCAGAAAGGGUGUUGGGUUGGUCACUUCUGUUGCCAUGCCAGUUUUUGACACCAGCAACACUUCGGCUGGAGGGGGUCGUCUCCUAGGUGUGAUGGGAACAGAUGUACCAAUUCAGGAAAUCACCAAUCUGGUGCCUAAAGGCAAGCUAGGAGCCAAUGCCUAUGCCUUUAUGUAUACUCAUCAUGGAUAUGUGCUGUUUCACCCGAAUAUGAAACCUAUGUACCAGAAAACAAAGGGAUCAUCAGAACAACGGAAAGAGUUCCGCCCCUUUUUCAACACCAUUGAUAUAACGGAGAUGGAGUAUCCAGUCAGACACAAUGAUUUACAUAGGUUUCGUCAAAGACUAUUAAGUGCCUCAAACAAAAAACCAAUCAAGCUCAAAGUGAAAGUGCCUUACGACAGGACGGUGCCUUAUGACAGGAUGAAUAGGGUGGAAAUUGUUGAUUAUUUAUAUUAUACAGCCCCUGUUAGUGGAACACCUUUUAAAGUUGCUCUAGCCUUGCCAUCAUACAGUUCCAAACUCAUGCUGAAGAAAUUUGUCAGCUCGUGUACUAAGGUUGGAAAUAAACAAAAAGAAUAUGAAUUUGCACCUUGGCGGUACUGUGGAGACCAUGAUAUUUUACACUCAACAGGAAGAGAUAGAAAGCUGAAGAUUCUGAACCUUUACAAGUGUCAGGGUGGGAAAGGAAAAUGUCCUGACCAGGACAGCAUUCUCUACAGUGAUCUACUGAUUCACCAUGAGAUGAUGAGGAAGAUGAGAAUUUCUGAUCAUUCUGACUACAGAUUUCGAAUAGCUAAUAACCUAGAAACGGGGAGUGGAUAUUCAUCUAGGAAUGAUUACAAGACGUACUAUGAAAGCAUGGGUGUAGAAUUGCUAUUUUUUGCAACCAGAGGGGGUUUGACUGAUUUUGUUGUGACCAAAUCAAAUCAAAUCAACCCCUACUGGAUGGGAAACAGGACAGCUACCAUACAGGAGCUCUACUACAGACAGGCUAUCAUGAAUAAAGAGGAGAAGAAAAUAAACUACACGUUCUCCAUCCCCCUCAACAGGGAGUACAUGGAGGGAGAAUCUAACAUGACAAUUCUGUCGACCUUACCAGUGUAUGUCAACAACUCCAACAUUGCUGUGGCUGGGAUGCUGCAGAAUUUUACAGUUUUUACAGACAUAUUGAAGAGACACCUCUAUUUUCAUGAUUGUCCAACAUGUUUCUCUUGUGUCUAUAUAUACACGCUGGCUUGUUACUUGUUGGAUGAAAAUGGAUACGUCGUGUAUGGAGAAGAAGGGGUUUCUAAGUUUCUUGGAGAUACAGAUGAUAUGGGGUUAAUGGCUAAACUGAUUGAAGAUGGAGUUUUUAUCAGAGAGAGCUACACUGAUUUUCAAGCAGAGUGUAAGGAGAGCUAUGAUGAAGAAACAGAUGAGGAGCCCAGUUCUGCUGCACUCUUAAUCAACCCAUUGAAGAAACUUGUGAAUAUUUUAAUCUGGUCAGUUAUGGAAGUUUUAUUAACUGUGUCUCAGGUUGGGUUGAGUGGUUGGUUCUACUCUGAAAAAGCAUCAGCUGCCCCCAUAAAUGAUGGUACAUGCAUGUUUUUGGGCCUUAAUGUGUCAGUGGAAAACAUGGAUGAAGCCUACCAGUCAUUUGCUCGAACUUAUUAUUGUUACAAAAAACCCCAAGACAUUCAGCUAGUGCCUUGCCAUAUGACUAAGAGGGCAUACCGUGCCAACUUUAAAGUGUUCAAGAAACGUAACCGGCGUUCUCGUGAUGGCUUUGUCCAUGAUGGGACAAUCAGAGGCUGCACUCCCUACAACUGUAACAGGAGCUAUGCCAUUGUUUGGAUAGAGAACACUAAUCUAAUGCUGCUGGCGGCUGAUCGGGACUGUAACUGCACAGAAGUGACCAAUGAAGUGGCCACAAUGAAGGGCACACCCAUCAUAUAUAAUCAGACAGAGAAUUGUCAACUGAUGCAAGAGAUCUCCAACCGAGUAAAAGUAGAAACUGCUUGUGUAGAUCGCAAUCAAAAGGAGGAGAUACAGGAUUGUGGUUGCUGUGGACUGCUUGCAUCUGUGCCUGUCCUUGUGCUAUCUGUGGCCUUGACCUCUUUCUACAGCAGGUCCUCUCUCCUUUCUGAAAGUGCCCUUUCAGAAAUUUUAAGAAAGUUACAAUUCUCCGAGGAAAACCCUGGUUCCCCACGAUGCAAUGCCAUAACUGAAUGCACAGAUAGCGACUGUUUUCGGUUCUGUUGGCGGAGCCCUGACGAUAAUGUUGGCAUUCUGUUAAUGACUGAAAAUUUUUUGCCGUUUGAUAUGCCGCGCAUUGCACCUGCAAUAGACCUUGGUUUCAAAGACGCUAGAGAAAUCUACAACGUGAAUUUCAAGUCCGUCCUUCGCAAUUAUUCUACUGACUGUAACGGGGCUUGGACGGAGAGUGUGGGAAAACUGUCCGAACUUUAUCACGACGGAAACGUUCAAGUGUUUAUUGGUCCAGCGUGCUCUCAAGGAGUGGGCUCUGCGGGGCUUCUCGCUGAAUUCCUGAGGGUCCCUCUUGUUACGGGGGUAGGGGAUUUACUGGAGCGGUCUCCCACAGAUAAAAAAGGAUAUGAAACAACAACAAUCGUGUCAUACUCCAUUGAUAAAAUGUCAGUAUCUAUGAAACAAAUUUUGCUUCACUAUGGAUGGAAACACACCGCCAUAUUGUAUGACGAAGACGAAGUUUUCUUCCGGCGAGUAGGAAAGAACUUGGCACGAGACUUCCGGAAGGACGAUAUGCUGAAUAGGCCAUAUGAACGACCGUUUCCGAAGUCCACCAAAGAGUUUUCGAGUAUUUUAUCCGAUGCCUCCAAGAAAGCUAGAGUGUUUGUAAUCCUGACACAAGCUCAACAGUUCCGGGAUAUACUGUACGACGCUUACCUGCAGAACAUGGUGCAGGGUGACUACGUCUUCAUUACCAUAGAACUGUUCCCUAGCGCUCACUGGGGACACUACACCAAGUUUAACGAUCAGUCGUACUCCGACUCUUAUAAGAAUGAAUAUGUCAGAGUAGCAUACGAGUCUGUCCUCAUCCUCUCAUUGAUGCGACAGGAGGGGAGACUGUACGAACAGUUUAAAUCGGAAGUGCAGAUACGGGCUCUUAGAGACUAUGGUUACAAUCUCGACCAAAGCGAGGCGGUAUGUCAUGUUGUUGUAAAUAAAGUAACAGGGUACUCAUUAAGACUGAUUUGGAUUAUUUUAAAUCGACAAUUUUCGCGGGAUUCAAUUUUUGAAAGAUCAUGUGAUAGUGAUUCGCAAAGUAAUACGUCUAUUUCUGUUACACAGGAUAAUUAUUUCAUCAGAGCAUUUUACGCCAGUGUUAUCUAUCUUGCUACUGCAUUCAACAAAACAAUUGAUGAAGGAGGAGAUCUAAGCGAUGGAUUUGAUAUAGCUAGAAAACUAUGGAAUAACACGUACAAAGUUCCUGCCUUAGACGAGGUGGUAGCUAUAGAUGAAUAUGGUGACAGAAUUGCAGAUUUUGACGUGUUUGAUCUACGAAAUGGAAACUCAAAUCCACCGAAAUUUGAAGUGGUAGGCAAGUUUUUCGGGUCCACUUUACAGUACAGUCCUGUGGCGGGAAUUGAUAUCAUGUGGAUAAAGGGACUUCCUGUGGAUAUACCUGUUUGUGGAUUUCGUAGAGAGUUCUGCAUCGAAUACGGGAACUCAACAACCUUGAUAAUAUCCAUAUGCUUCCUUCUCCUCGUCAUCGCCAUUUGCAUCUUGUUUGCCAUAGGAUAUCAUAUUCAUAGGAAGAAUUAUGCACUCUAUGAAAUGAAAUGGAAAAUAAAUUGGGAACACGUUCAUUUCACACAAUCUCGGUCCAACGGGGUGUUUGGAAGUUUAAAGUCGUCCAUUCUUUCCCAAAUGCAUGGCAGUGCAGGGGAAGUGGACAUUCUGUCAACACGGACCUGUGAUACAAAUCAUCAAGUGUUCGCCCCCAUCGCUUAUUGUAGGGGAGUCGUCGUAGCCAUUCGGAAAUUCUCAGUCUCCUCCAUAGACAUCAAUAAGAAUAACCUAGUGGAACUGAAACAGCUUUACUCUCUACGUCAUACGAAUAUCACUGCUUUCAUUGGCGCCUGUGUGGACGUGGGGAAGGUAGCAGUAAUGGAGGAAUAUUGCUCUAAAGGAAGCUUACAGGAUAUUUUGCAAAAUGACAGUAUAGAACUAGACUGGAUGUUCAAAUGUUCACUUAUUCAGGAUAUCAUCAUGGGAAUGAAAUAUCUACAUGGGUGUGACAUCAAAGUUCAUGGACGCCUUAGCAGUUCAGCGUGUGUAGUUGACGGAAGGUUCCUGUUGAAGGUGCGAUGUUAUGGUCCAAAGUGUUUCUAUGAAGCUGAAAGUGGGAGCAAAUCAAAGAGAAAAACUAUAAAUCACAAUAAGCUUUUAUGGACAGCACCUGAGUUGCUUCGUUUGGAGGAGUGGAGCUCUGGGACACAGAAAGGGGACACAUACAGUUUUGGGAUAAUUCUGCAGGAGUUUGCCGAUAGAAGCGAUCCAUUUGAUAGCUAUAAUCUUAAUUCAUAUGAUGUGGUUCAAAGAGUUAAAAAUGUAGAGAGUCCACCUUUUCGUCCAGAAAUAAACGACACCUAUUCAGAGAGUUUAGAAUUACUGAUGACGGAGUGUUGGUCAGAAAAACCAGAAGACAGACCUAACUUUGAUAUGAUCAUGAAGAGAUUUAAAAGAAUUUUUAGAGGUCGAAGUAACAACAUAAUGGACAAUCUCAUCAAAAGAAUGGAGCAAUAUGCUAAUAAUCUGGAGGGGCUGGUGGAAGAGAGAACAAAGGCUUAUGUUGAAGAAAAGAGAAAAGCGGAAAAUCUGCUAAACCGCAUGCUUCCAAAGUCUGUUGCUACGAGUUUACAGCUAGGUCAAUCUGUUGACCCGGAAACAUUUGAAGAAGUGACUAUCUACUUUAGUGACAUUGUUGGAUUCACAAGUCUAGCCGCCAGAAGCUCCCCAUUAGAAGUGGUUGCCCUUCUUAAUGACCUGUACACUUGCUUUGAUUCCAUUAUUAAUGGCAGACGAGUAUACAAGGUGGAAACCAUUGGUGAUGCUUAUAUGGUCGUGGCCGGUUUGCCAGAGAGAAUAGGUUCUUACCACGCCAGAGAAAUCGCCGACUUGGCUCUAACAAUCCGGAAAAAUGUAUGGUCAUUCCAAAUAAAACAUCUCCCUGAGGAGCAGCUGCGAAUACGGAUAGGGAUCCACUCAGGUAUGGUUGUGGCCGGAGUGGUGGGACUGACCAUGCCUCGUUACUGCCUGUUUGGAGACACUGUCAAUACGGCUUCUAGGAUGGAGUCCACGGGAGAAGAGAUGAAGAUACACAUAUCUGAAUCAACUAAAGCUACACUUGAAGAAUCUUGCUUAUAUGAAGUUGUAGAGAGAGGUGAUAUUGAAAUAAAGGGGAAAGGUGUUAUGAAAACAUACUGGUUGGAAAAUGGACCCAGCGAAUCUUAGAGAAAGGACUCGAUAUACAAUUCGAACAAAUUGAUAUGACCUAAAAAUCAUUAUCAAAUUUGAUACCAAAAACUCUGUAACAGCUAUAAUGAUCAGCACACUUCAAGGAGAAUAAAUGAUAAAAGGAUCAUGUUUUUGCCUUUAGUGAAGCAACGGAAAGAUCUGAUUACUAUGUCUGACGACUAGAUACACACAAGGACAACAGACAUAUAUAUAUACUUUAUAUAUACUUGUAUAUACAUUAACGAUUUCUACCCAGAAAGUGACCUACAUCAACAAUAAGCUACACAUUGAAAUCGUUGAGUUCUGUCCCGAUUCUCGUUGAGAAGAGGCGUUUUAUAACUCGGUGACGAUUUAUAUAUGUAGGUGUCCUGGGGUUUUUUCUUUUUACUGGCUUUUGUUGUUUGGAUUUAGAGCUAGUAUGUCUUUGUUUUUAGUAAUUUGAUUUAAUUUGCCUUUCUUUUCUAUGUAAAUAUUCUAUCGUCCUGACGGGACAGGUUGUCUUGAAAAUUUGAAAAUUUCAUAUAUUUCGUGUCAUUAGAUGUUGAGUGUUGUUGGUUUUCAAUGCUUUAUAUAUAUUCCAGAAAUCUAUACUUAUAAAUUCAUAAAUUUUGCCAAUAAACUCCGAAACGCUUGCACCAGAGUUACUGCUUACACCUGUAAUAUUGUUUCAUAUGUGAGGUGAAGUCCGUAA